AUAUCCUGCUGCUUGGAGAACGGUCAUCUUCCUUUCUUUACUAACUUGGUUUUACACUGCUUUCGAAAUGGCUGCGGAUAGAUGCAAACCAGCUGAUCAAAUGAAGCUGUGGCAACAGGGCCGAAGCUUUAUGAGACCAGACAACCUGACCACUGGGGCUGGUCAUCCAGUAGGGGACAAGCUGAAUGUAAUGACAGCUGGUCCCCGGGGGCCUCUCCUGGUGCAAGACACCCCGUUCAUAGACGAGAUGGCCCACUUUGACCGUGAGCGCAUCCCAGAGAGGGUGGUGCAUGCCAAGGGUGGCGGUGCGUUUGGGUACUUUGAGGUGACACAUGACAUCUCUCGCUACUGCAAGGCCAAGGUGUUUGAGCAUGUGGGCAAAACCACGCCAAUCGCCAUUCGGUUCUCCACUGUGGCUGGGGAAUCAGGCUCAGCUGACACUGUGAGAGACCCACGUGGCUUUGCAGUCAAGUUCUACACUGAAGAGGGCAACUGGGACCUUACUGGCAACAACACACCCAUAUUCUUUAUCAGGGACGCCAUGCUGUUCCCAUCCUUCAUUCACUCUCAGAAGCGCAACCCCCAGACUCACCUGAAGGAUCCUGACAUGGUGUGGGACUUCUGGAGCCUGCGCCCUGAGUGUAUGCAUCAGGUGUCUUUCCUGUUCAGUGACCGUGGUAUUCCUGAUGGCUUCCGUCACAUGAAUGGCUACGGCUCCCAUACCUUCAAACUGGUUAAUGCCCAGGGUCAACCUGUCUACUGCAAGUUUCACUACAAGACUGACCAAGGUAUCAAGAACCUGAAACCUGAGGAUGCUGAACGCCUGUCUUCAACAGACCCAGACUACGCCAUUCGUGAUCUGUACACCGCCAUUGCCAAUGACAACUUCCCUUCCUGGUCCUUCUACAUCCAGGUCAUGACAUUUGAGCAAGCCAAGAAGUUUAAGUGGAACCCUUUUGAUCUGACCAAGGUGUGGUCUCACAAAGAGUACCCCCUUAUUCCUGUGGGGAAGUUGGUGCUCAACAGAAACCCCACCAACUAUUUUGCUGAGAUUGAGCAGCUGGCAUUUGACCCAAGCAACAUGCCCCCUGGCAUCGAGCCCAGCCCUGACAAGAUGCUGCAGGGGCGUCUGUUCUCCUACCCAGACACGCACCGCCACCGACUGGGUGCCAACUACCUGCAGCUGCCCGUUAACUGCCCCUUUAGGACCCGUGUGGCCAAUUACCAACGCGAUGGGCCCAUGUGCAUGUUUGACAACCAAGGUGGUGCUCCCAACUACUUCCCCAACAGCUUCAGCGCACCUGAGACCCAGCCCCAACAUGUGGAGACUAGGUUCAAAGUGUCCCCAGAUGUUUGCCGCUAUAACAGUGCUGACGAUGAUAACGUCACACAGGUGCGUACCUUUUAUACAGAGGUACUAAAUGAGGAUGAACGCCAGAGGCUCUGUCAGAACAUGGCUGGUGCCCUGAAGGGAGCCCAAGUAUUCAUCCAGAAACGCUGGGUUCAGAACUUGAUGGCUGUGCAUCCAGACUAUGGGAACCGAGUCCUGGCACUACUCGAUAGCUCUGAGCCCAAGAAGGACGCUGUGAGAGUGUACACCCCUGGAGAUGCUUCUGCCAUUUCUGCCUCCUCCAAGAUGUGAUGCCUUCACUCCCUCCUGAAGAAAGUUCCUCUGGUUGCAUUUGCCACCCGCUGUAAUCAGGGUUACAAGAUCAGAAUACUAACCGUCCCAAAAUGUGUGUAUAUAUAGUUAAUGAGCAAAUAAUCAUGAUAUGUUUUUCCAUAAUUUCUCAGACUGCUUACUGCACCGAAUGCUAAAUAUGCCUAAUUUCAGUUCUUACAUCUGGUUGCCUGUCCACUUUGCCAAAAUUCACACAGAAAUGAAUGUAGUUGGAUCUCAGCCUUAUGGAAGAAAAUAAAGCAUAUGCCUAAACUACA